AUGGCUAUGACGUCCAGCUACUUGCAAGAGCAGUCACUUGUGCAGGUAGGAGUGUGUCUGGAGACGCCCGUCUUUUCUCGAACGUCCUGAAAUGAAGGCUCUUUACAUUUGAUCGUCGUCCCGCGGUCCUCUCCCGAUUUGAACCACUAGGGAUCCGUUACUGAACAGUACCGCAGCUGUUGCAGCAAAGUACAUCACAUUUCAGCGGGUCAACGGUUACGGUGUGAGGUGGUGCGCGGAGCGCACCGCCGAACCUAGUCCUUCUAUAUAACCAAGUUGUCCCCAAGACAAAGACAAACCACGUGGUGUGACGUCAUAGGCAGCUCUCGGUCCAGUGCGUCCCAGCUAGCUAGCGCUGUUUCAGAAUGGGUCGGCCGGCCAGACAGGGCGCCCGAAAGCCCAGCCAGAGGCGGCCCGCAAAUUUGGACAUUCUUGGCUCAAAAUGGGUCAAGGCUCACCUCAUUUUUGGACAUUUUCCUCCCUCCGGUCGAACUUUGA